AUGUUGCUGGCAGAAAUAGGUGGUGAAGAUUAUGAAGAUGUUGAAUCGAAUUCCACCAAGCUAGAAAAAAAGUUUGUACAGCAUUAUAAGGAACGAAUAAAAAUUAUUAAAGGAAAGACAAGGCGUGGUAACCUGGUAUCCAGCAGUGAAAUCUCGGAUGAAGAAGCAUUUAGAAGAGAAAAUUCAAUGAAAACAAAGAUAAAGGCCAAGAUUCGGGACGUAGCGUUUGAACUAAGACAAUCGAUUAUCGAUGCUGAGAAAUUAGCAAUACCAGACGAAGUGAAGCUUGCUGAUAUAAUAAGAGGAGAAGUUGAAAUUCCUGAUAUAUUGUUGGAGUUUUUCACUUACCUCAUAGGUGGUCCUGAUCAAAGAAUAGCAAAAUCGCAACGGAAGCAGAGAAGGAUUAAAUCAAUAUGUGAUGAUGUCAUCUUUUCAGCAACCUCAGGAAGAAAGACUCCUGCAAAGCAUUUACAGCUGGGGUUAUCAGUGAAAAGUCUAACUGGAAGCAAAAAAGUUAUUGAGAUUUUAAAUCACUUUGGUCACUCAAUCGGUUAUUCUACAAUCGAGGAGCUAGAAACGGAAUUGACGUUUCAAUCGACCAAGGAAGAAAACCUAACACCCAACGGAAUGGUAUUAAGUCAAAAUCUUGGAACGGGGGUCGCAUUUGACAACUUUGACCGAUUUGUCGAAACUUUGAGUGGAAAAGACACAUUGCACGACACGGUUGGUAUAGCUUAUCAAAUUGUAUCAGAAGAACCGACAGUUGAAGAAAGUAGUGAACCCGAAUUUGUUCGCGUGGCUGCAUCUAGGAAAAAAAGACGAAGAGCUUUUCAAGCAACUGGGUUAGAUAUAGAACCAUACAGGAAAAAACCUAGAAUGUUAACAGUUCCAGUGCUUCCCCUUGAGAUCCGAGAAGGACGUUUGAACCUGAAUCAUAUCUCAAUGCAAGAGCGUACGAUUCUUUAUGGAUGA